AUGUCUUCAAGUAAAGUAAUCAUUGUAACAGGCGUUUCUAGAGGCAUUGGGAAAGCUGUAGUAGAGAGCAUCUUUUCGAAAGAUUCUAAUGCUGUUGUAUAUGGUAUUGCAAGAACAGAAACUUCAUUACAGGAAUUGAAAACUCAAUAUUCGAAUUUCCACUAUGUAGUUGGUGAAGUUACGGACACAGCUAAGACGGAAGCAUUGGUCAAGAUGGCCACUGAUUCCUACGGGAAGAUCGAUUCCAUUAUUGCCAAUGCAGGCGUCCUGAAUCCCGUUGCCAAGAUAACUGAAUUCAAUUACGAUGACUGGAAAAGACAUUUCGAUAUCAAUUUCUUCAGUAUUGUCCAAUUAGUUUCUAUAUCCUUACCAGCUUUGGAAAAAUCUAGAGGAAAUCUAAUUUUUGUGAGUAGUGGUGCAAGUGUUAAAUCAUACAACGGCUGGUCCUGUUAUUGCGCUGCAAAGGCUGCCUUAAACAGUUUCGCUCAGAGUAUAGCUGCUGAACACUCACUGGUCCGUAGCAUAGCUGUCGCACCGGGGGUGGUAGACACAAAAAUGCAAGAAGAUAUCAGAGAUACUUUUGGUCCUAGAGGAAUGAGUAACGAUGCUUUGAAAAGAUUCACCGAUUUGAAGAGGAAUAAUCAACUGCUGGAACCUACAGUCCCGGCUGCUGUGUUUGCGGAGUUGGCAUUACACGCUAUUCCACCGCAAUUAAAUGGUAAGUAUGUCAGAUAUGACGAUGAAUCACUAAAGAACAUCGGUCAUUCAUAG